AUGAUGAAGGUUUCGGUGAUUGACAUUGGAGGAGCAACUGCGUUAUAUGAAAGGCGAAUAGCGAGUGAGAUCUCGACAGCUGUCAUCUCUCUGCAAUUUGGGAUGUGUAGUUUGCAUGGAUUUGAGAAAAGUGUGUUAAUGGCAGCAACAAAGGAUUCAUCAGCUUGGGCACUUGAAUGUGAAACAGGAAAUAUUAUCAAUAAUGGAUCAGUUCAUCCUGAAAAAGCUUCUAAAGCUCUUUUAAUCCAAAUGUUAGAUGAGCAAGGGACAGCUGGCAGAGGAUCUAAUGCAUCUAAGGGUAUAAUAGGAAAUUCGUUUGAUGAUGGGGUAGUGAAGGAGUCAUUGCUACUAUGUUCUGAGAAAGCUGUUUACGUGUAUUCACUUUCACAUGCUGUUCAGUAUUUAUCAUUCUGGGCAAUGUUUCUCCAACUGACAGGUGUUCGAUAUGAAUUUGGAGCAGCGAUAUUUUGGAGUCAAAUUGUACGUUUUCGUGGUGAAUUUGCCCUACACUUUCUUAUACCCACAGGCAAGCUUUUCAGGCCAUCAAUUAGAUGUAGCUCUGAUGAAACUGUUGCUUCUCGUAUGGCUACAAAUGAAAUUCAAUUCUUUGAUUUUUCAAAAGGCAUGGUGCAUAAGAUUAGAAUUCCUGGAAUAGCUGCAGUAGAGCUUUCUAAGCAACCUGGAUCCCAUGAUGCUGUAUUUGUUCCAGAAUCUAAGGAAAAGAAGGACCUGUACAUGAUGUUCAAUGGUCGUAUUCAGGGAAAGAAUUUGCAAUUGUUUAUGGAUAUAAGAAACUCUCAAUACCAUGGUUUGAAUAAUGCAAGUGAAUCCUUUGAACAUGCCAUACAACGUGUUAUUGAUGACAACCUUGAGUUGGGAUGUGCAUCAACUGAGAAGCUACUGUUAUGGGUGUUUUAUGAAUGUCCAAAAGCACUGAAGAUGAGUGAUGCAAGAGUAAUAUUAUUGUCUGCUCUUCACAAUGUCAUUCAGAUUUUAUCCAAUUGCUACAAUCCACCUGAGUCGCUUGUUGACCGGUUUAACUGGAUGUUGUCACCUGAAACCAUGGUGGGCCCCUUCAAACCCCAACCUCAUCCGGGAACCAACAUCUCCAAAGGAGCUGUCAUCACAUGUUAUUUGAAAGAUGAGAGAAGAAAUUUUCUUUUACCAAAUAAUAUUCAUAUUAAGUCCAAGGAAAAGAAGGACCUGUACAUGAUGUUCAAUGGUCGUAUUCAGGGAAAGAAUUUGCAAUUGUUUAUGGAUAUAAGAAACUCUCAAUACCAUGGUUUGAAUAAUGCAAGUGAAUCCUUUGAACAUGCCAUACAACGUGUUAUUGAUGACAACCUUGAGUUGGGAUGUGCAUCAACUGAGAAGCUACUGUUAUGGGUGUUUUAUGAAUGUCCAAAAGCACUGAAGAUGAGUGAUGCAAGAGUAAUAUUAUUGUCUGCUCUUCACAAUGUCAUUCAGAUUUUAUCCAAUUGCUACAAUCCACCUGAGUCGCUUGUUGACCGGUUUAACUGGCUUAUGAAAGGGUUUAAUGAUUGGGAUAAUUCCAGUUACCUCCAAGGUUUUGGAACCAUGCGUAGGCAGUCUAGCAUAUUAACCACCUAA